GCUCUGUCUCUGUUUUUUCUUUAGUAGGCUUCGAAUGUCUAAUAACCAUACAGAAUUCAAAUCAUUUUACAACCUUUCCAAAAACUUAACACUUAAAAUGGUCUAGUCUGGUCAAAAAUACAAAAUCUAAUGUAAAAAAAAAAGUGUUGACUAAAAAUGCUUUAAGAAUCAGCGGGAAAGGGUUGCAAGUAGGGGGAAAAGCGGUUCCACCAAAAGAACCUAAAGAGAUACAAGAUACAAAAAUGGCCUUGGCUAUGCCCGACGAGGGCAACUUCGCCUAUGUAAAGCAGGUGGCAACGGACUGGCGGGAACUGGUCCGUGAGAAGCACCAGUCCCAGAUUUUUUCGCCCACGCUGAGCAUGCUGGCGGAGGAUUCCCAAUUGCGAAUGGUGGAUACCAAAUCCCGGACCCAGUCGAUGAUUCCGGCCGAAAGACGCGAGUCCAGCUUCUACCGGCACCGCUUUACGCUGGAGUCCAAGCCCGUUCAGAUUGAGAGACGGGAGUUGGGCUCCAUGGAGCCGGACUUCAUCAAGGUCAGCGAAGGCGUAUCGCUCUUUAUCUAUCAGCCCAUCUAUAUCUCACCGUCCGCGAAGGCCUCCUUUAUACCCUUUACCCCCAGUGACUUGAGCAUCACCUCGACCAAAAUGGCGGAGCCCAUCAAUGACGAGACUCCAGCUGCGAAGGUCGAGCCGAAUCCUUCACCGGAGCCCAAGUCGCCCUAA